AUGGCUAUGAAUCCAAUAAUUCGUGACCCGAUGCCACAAAAUGCUCUCCGCACUUUGAGAAUUAUCCACGACAGUGGAUUCACGCAGCAAGAUUUCCUACAGUAUAAGCCCGUGGUGUACAGCAAUACUAUUCAGUCAAUUGUUGCUAUACUCCGAGCUAUGCCUAAUCUCGGAAUAAACUUCGGGAACAACGAGAGAGAGGCCGACGCGAAGUUGGUUUUUGACGUAGUUACCCGGAUGGAAGAUACAGAACCGUUUCCCGAAGAACUGCUGUCUGCCAUGACGCGCUUAUGGCAGGACGCGGGCGUACAAGAAUGUUUCUUUCGAUCAAACGAGUAUCAACUGAACGAUAGCGCCAAAUAUUUCUUGGACGACCUAGAACGACUUGGUAAAAAAGAUUAUUUGCCUACAGAACAAGACAUCCUUAGAACGAGAGUUAAAACUACAGGCAUCGUAGAAGUACAUUUCUCAUUUAAAAACUUAAAUUUCAAGUUAUUCGACGUCGGAGGUCAAAGGUCAGAGAGAAAGAAGUGGAUCCAUUGUUUCGAAGAUGUCACGGCUAUUAUAUUUUGUGUGGCAAUGAGUGAAUAUGACCAAGUGCUUCACGAGGACGAGACCACGAACCGUAUGCAGGAAAGCUUAAAACUUUUUGACUCCAUUUGCAACAAUAAAUGGUUUACCGACACCUCUAUUAUCCUCUUCCUGAACAAGAAAGAUCUCUUUGAGGAGAAGAUUAAGAAAUCUCCUCUUACCAUCUGCUUUCCAGAGUACACAGGAGCACAAGAAUACGGUGAGGCAGCGGCCUACAUUCAAGCUCAGUUUGAAGCCAAAAAUAAAUCAACAACUAAAGAGAUCUAUUGUCACAUGACUUGUGCCACAGACACGACAAACAUCCAGUUUGUGUUUGAUGCUGUAACGGACGUGAUCAUAGCAAACAACCUGCGUGGUUGUGGGUUGUAUUAAACCGUGUACAACAUUGCGUGAAAAGUGACACCUUUCAGCCAACGAGCAUGUCUACGCCGGAGCAGCCGCAAGUUUCAUCUGUUUCUGCUUUCUUGUUGCUGGGUUCUAGAGUUCCAUACCCUAGGGAGCACGUGGGUUCCUGUCUGGAAAACACUUGCACAGUAAUCUUCUGUCUUAAUGAACUAUUUUCUUUAAUCCUUCUUAAUUUGUACAGUGCAUUUUAUGCUGAUAACUGACGCAUUUACCACAGAUAAAAGAUUGAAAAAUGGCGGUUGGGAGAUUUUAAACACAGAAGACUCCAUAACUUUUUAUUUCUUUGAGAUACUUGGGAACAGAAGCGCAAAAAGUUUCACUUCAGACUAGAGCCCCAGAUCAGAAGAGCAUCUUUUUGUAUGCGUCCAAUUAACAGAUUCUUCUAACACUGUCUACCGCUAACUAUUUACGUCUUGUGUUUUAAGUUUAUCUGUAACUAGUUUGUUCUUAAAAGAAAACUCCGGUACUAAGUACAGUAGCUGGUGAUUUUAUGUUCAAAACCUCUAGUUCACGGUUGUUGUAUAACCAAACAAUAUUUGUGGAUAAAUGAUGGAUGCAAUAUUUUAAGUAUUCUACCUAAUGGAUGCGAAUGAGGAACAAGAUUCUGUUCAAUGUCGGCAAGCUCUGUGAUUAUACAUUGGUUCUGGAGCAAUGUACAAAUACUGUUUGAUAUCAGCUCCUCUCUAGAUAUAUAGUGUUUACUUUUUACAUGCAUAAUUAUUGAAUUCUGUAAUGCUAAUUACUUCAGAGAGUUGGUUUGUUUCUUUCUUUUUUUUUGUCUGAAUUUUUAGCUCAACUUGUAUGUUAUCUGUAGCAUGUAACAUCAGCGAAAUUAAAUGCGAAAUUCUUGCUUCCAGUAUGAAAAAUA